UCCUGCGUUAGGCAGCGGGAUACAGCCCUGAGCUGAGCGCGCUGGGCGCCUGGAUUCAGCACCAAGGACAAAGCUCCGGCGUGAGAGCCCCAUGCACCGGGAUCCCACCAGGGACCAGCACCAUGGAGAGGAGACUGAACGUGACCCCGGAGGCGCUCAACAGGCUCCUGGAGGAGCACAACAUGACCAGGGAAGAGUUCAUUGCCGCCUACGGCCUCAAACCCCUCGUGUACAUCCCAGAGCUGCCUCCCAGUGCCAAGGUUGUCUUCCUGGUGAUCUACAUCAUCAUCUUCGCACUGGCUCUUCUGGGCAACAGCCUGGUGGUCUACAUCAUAAUCCGGAGGAAAGCCAUGAGAACAGCUACCAAUAUUUUCAUCUGCUCCCUGGCUUGCAGUGACCUGCUGGUCACUUUCUUCUGCAUCCCUUUCACUCUCCUGCAGAACGUCUCCUCAGAAUGGCUAGGUGGCCCCUUUGUGUGCAAGAUGGUCCCCUUCAUUCAGACCACCGCAGUUGUGGCCAGCACCCUUACCAUGACAUGCAUUGCUGUAGAGAGGUACCAAGGAAUAGUUCACCCACUGAAGAUGAAGAGACAGUACACAAACAAGAGAACCUACAAAAUGCUAGGAUUCGUGUGGACGAUUGCAGUCAUUGUUGGGUUGCCCAUGCUGUACGUUCAGACUCUGGAGGUGAAAUACGACUUUCUCUAUAAUAUUCAUCACGUCUGCUGCCUGGAGUCCUGGCAUAACAUUGAGCUGCGCCGAGCCUAUGCAAUCUUUAUCCUGGUGGCCUUGUUUCUGGUCCCACUCACUGCCAUGCUGAUGCUCUACUCCCGGAUAGGAUACGAGCUGUGGAUCAAGAAACGGAUUGGAGACUCUUCAGUGCUGAAUGCCCUGAGUCGCCACGAAAUGGCUAAAAUAACAAGGAAGAAGAAACGAGCCGUGAUGAUGAUGGUUAUUGUAGUGCUGUUCUUCGCUGCGUGCUGGGCACCUUUUCACGUUGUCCACAUGUUGUUUGAAUACAAUAACCUGGAGGAAAGCUACGAUGAUGUCACCGUAAAGAUAAUCUUUGCCAUCGUCCAAGCCGUUGGGUUCUUUAACUCUUUCAACAACCCCGUGGUCUACACUUUUAUGAACGAGAACUUCAAGAAGAGCUUUGUGGCUAUUCUCUUCUGCAGCUUGCGGAGCCCCGAGCCAGCCGACAAGCAGGAGAGCCAGCAGCUGGAAAGGACCAAAAUGGGACCCUCGAACUGUGGCAUCAGGAAGGAGGGCAGAAGCUUGCACAGCCACCUGAGUGCAGAGAACCUGGAACUGAGACUCUGUGAGCGGGUGCCGUCAGCGAAGCUGGAGUCAGUGCUUUCAGUGGCGGUCGUUACCUACCCCAUGGUGAGCGCCCAUAAGGAGAUACUGCCCACUGGACAGUCAGCGUGAUCGCACACUGUGCUUCAUGGACCAGAAUAACUUUGCUUUAGGGAGCAGUAUCCAGUAUGCAGCUCAAAGUAGUAUCCAGUUCAAUGAGAACCAGCAACACUGAGUGCUUUACUGUUUCCAGGGUUCUGUUUAGUCAUUGGUUUCUAUAUUUCACUCUAAUUUCUGGCUGCCCAACUCUCCAACUCAAAUGUAACCUGUGGAAUAUGGGACCAGGUAUGGACGGAUUUCAGAGGAUAAAAGGCUGCCAGUUUUCCAAAUGGAUGGGAAGAGAGGGAGGUAGAAUGUUCCUUUUUUAAUUAUUGUUGUUUUAUUCAUCUUCCUUCUUGAGCUGAUGGUUCCAUCCAAUCCCAAAGAAAUCAGGUUAAUUGGGGCUGGACCAACAAGGCUUUGAGCACCUUUGGCUCCUUGUCUUUAGUAGGUGUUGAAGGUGCUUUGCACCUUGCAGGAUCAGACACACACACCCGUAAAUUAGAAGCUGGAAAUGCAUGAACUAUGUAAACCUAGUUUUAGGAACCAUCUGCUCUCGCCUGACUCACAGACAUGGGGCUGGGGGUUAGCAUGCUCUAUGCAGAGGGCCUCUUUCAUGGACUUUGCUCAGGAGUACACGCUGCUAACAGCUGCCUGAGCUGACAAAACAAUGUUGCAUCCCAUGGAGCCUGCUGCUGCUCUCACACAGAUCUGACACCAGUGUGUGGAGCUGGGCAGGAAACAGUUUCUCCAGCCCAGGCGUGUUUCUGAGAUUUCGAAAUUUUUUCCCAUUCCGAAAAGUCAAAAUUUCCAAAAUUUUCACGAAUAAAAAAAAUCUAAAAAAAUUAAUAAAUUCAGAUUGGAACCGUUGAAAUAUUUUGUUGUGAUCAUUUUUCCCCUAACAAUAAAAAUACUUGAUGAUUUAGCUAAUAACAAAUUUAACUAAAAUUUCACACGCACAAAAAAAAGCCUUUUUGAACCAGAAAAUGAAAACUUUCCUUGUCAAAACAGGACUUUCCAACCAUUUUGGAAAUACAAUUCACAAAUGUUUUGAAAUGGGAGAUUCCUCAGCAGCGACCCUUUCCCGUGCACUGCUUCAGUUUUGACGAAUCAGCAUUGUCAAACAAAAAGGUUUUGGCUGAAAAUUCCUGACCAGCUCUACAGAUGUUGCCCCAUUGACUUCAGCGAAGUUACUUCUCAUUGCCACCAGGAUGAAAGCAGACUAAGGCCCCAUAAUUCUGAAUGCCCGUGAGGCUGUUCUGAAACAAUAGGGAAUGACCAGUUUGCCAUAUCAGCACAGACAUUCAUCAUGUGCCAGGAGGAAAGGCUGAUGUCUGUUUUAUACUGGAAGCUACUCUUCUAGUGCAUAUUGCUGCUGCACUUGCCUGCGUACUCUAAAGUCAAUAAUGUACCUGCCUCGCAUUGCUACAUAGUAAUUACUGGUUUGAGGUGGGUUUUAAGUGUAUUGAGAUCUUUUCCUUAUUGUGAACAUUCACUAGCAUCCAUGCCUCUUACUGUUGUAAAGCCUUUUCUUUCCAAUGAGAAGAAAAACUUGCUUUUGAAAUGCUACAUGGAAUUGGCCCCUGAAGUAAAAGUUUACACAUCUUUGAGGCUUUUUUUGUUUGUUUGUUUGUUAGGUCAAUUGUUAUUCUGGGUUCUA